AUGCAAGAAGAAAGUGUUAUGAAAUUAAUUGCCUCCCAUUGGGAUGAUGGCGAAGAAGUUUGUUUAGACCGUUUAAAUAUUGCGCCAGCGGAAUCUACAGCUUUGGUCGAAUUUCUAAGUUAUAUAAAGAACUUCCACAAGCUUAAGAUGACUAAUUGUAUGAUGGAGCAUUUGGCUUUCCGUGAAUUUACCAAGUUACUGACGAAAGAGAAUGAAAACUGCCAACUAACUGAGUUACACCUAAAUAAGAAUAAAUUAACAGAUGAAGAUGCUAAAUCUUUGAGUAAUGCUCUGAUUAGUGACAAGUGCAACCUUACUGAAUUAGAUAUAGGAGACAAUAAUUUAACAGAUGAAGGUGCUGAACAUUUAAGUGAUGCUCUGAUGAGUGACAAAUGCAAACUUACUAAAUUAAACAUAAGUGUAAAUCAUUUAACAGAUGAAGGUGCUGAACAUUUACGUAAUGCUAUGAUGAGUGACAAGUGCAGACUUACUGAAUUAAAUAUAGGAGGCAAUAAUUUAAGAGAUGAAGGUGCUAAAUGUUUGAGUAUCGCCCUGAUGAGUGACAA